UUUUAUUAAAAAUAUGAAACUGUUUAUUAAAUAUAUUAUCAUAUAAAAUGUGAAUUUCCAUUUUGCCUACGUUUUCUUCACCACAAGUUUCUUAAAUUGAUGAUAACAUGCGAUUGUUACAUGCACACGGGUUGAGAAAUGAGAGAUGAUGAGCACGUCGUGGAUUCCUAGUGGGGAACAAACACGUUGACCAUCUCAUGAUAGGAACUAGGAGAAUAACACGCCAUAUUUUAUUGUUCUAGAGUUUAAAUUUCAAACCUUAUAUUCAUUGGAUUCUUAUACACCUCAAAGACAUCAAUCAUCAUUGGUUUGUCCUCUUAAACAAGGCCCUUUCCUAGCCUCUUUGUGUCACACACAUCACCUUGAGUUCUUCACCAUUGCAGCUUCCUCAUUCGUCUGAUUUCUGGGGAAAAUCUCUCUCUCUUCUGUCCUGUUUGUUUUUCCGGAAAGUUAUUGGGUUUUGAUUGGAUACAUAUAGGUGGGUUUUCCUUGGUUUUAGAGGAGCAUUUUGUGGGUGGAAGAAAUGGGAGCAUGUAGCAGCAGGGAAAAGAAGUUUGAAGGAGUGGUGGGGGGAGAGGUUGAUGACGUUGAAGAUGCGGGUGAUGUACGAGUUGAAGAUGGAGGGUCUCGUGUUAGGUUGGGGGGAAAUUCCAUGUAUACGUCAAUGUUCACUCAAGGAGGAAGAAAAGGGAUCAAUCAAGAUGCCAUGACUGUUUGGGAGGACUUUUCAGGUGAGAAAGGCAUGUUUUUCUGUGCUGUGCUGGAUGGACAUGGUCCCUCAGGGCACCAUGUUGCAGGCCUUGUACGUGACAUUUUACCCUCCAGGCUCUCCUCUGCAUUUAAGCUAUCAUUACCUAAUAGCUCCAAAUGUGACUCUGAUAUUGUUCAUGGCAACCAUAAGGAUGAUAGCAAAGAUAGCCAUGAGAACAAAAAUUUUGAGUACCCACUAUUUCCUUUGUGGAAGGCCAGUUUGAUUAAGUCCUUUGAAGAGAUGGAUGAAGAACUUGGCUCCAAUUCCACUUUUGACAGCUUCUGCAGUGGCACAACAGCAGUGACUGUAAUCAAACAGGAGGACCAUUUGAUAAUUGCCAACUUGGGGGAUUCUCGUGCGGUUCUUUGCACUAGAGGAAACAGAAACCAACUCGUUCCCGUCCAACUCACAGUAGACUUGAAACCAAAUCUUCCAAGUGAAGCUGAAAGAAUUAAGAAUUGCAAAGGCCGGGUAUUUGCUUUACCUGAUGAAUCUGGGGUGUAUAGACUAUGGAUGCCUGAUCAAAAUUCCCCUGGUCUCGCCAUGACAAGGGCUUUUGGAGACUUCUGCUUGAAAGACUACGGCCUUAUCUCUAUUCCUGACGUUUCUUACAGAAAGCUAACAGACAAGGACGAGUUUGUGGUCCUAGCAUCUGAUGGGGUAUGGGAUGUGUUAUCAAACUCUGAGGUCACAAGGAUAGUUGCUUCAGCUAAGAAGCGGUCCAUGGCAGCUCAGCUGUUAGUAGACCGUGCAGUCCGAGAAUGGAAGAUUAAAUAUCCGGGCUGCAAGACUGAUGAUUGUGCAGUCAUAUGCUUGUUCCUAAAAACCCCACCUUUGUCAACCAAAUCCACGUCCAAAAAUGGUCGGGAUGGUGUGAAUAAUCACCAGCAGCUUGCAGUGUCUCAACGUUCAGCAACAAGAAGAAGCCAGCAAGGCUGUGAAUCUACAAAAGCAAACUCAAAGGAGGAGUAUAGUGCUCUUCAAGGAGUCACUAGAGAGAAUUCUCUACUCAGUCUUCCUCGGUUUUCCACUGUUCUGGGUAGGCGGAGAUCAAUCAACCAACCAAGUACGUUAAAGCUGUUUGAAGUGCAUAAUUAGUCUCGUCAAAUCUUAACGGAACUCCAACAAUGGGGUGGUCCUAGAGUGAUGGGCAUCUCUGUUGACUUGCCUAAAGAAAGAAGCUAAGAUUGUAAAGAAAAAAAAUAAAAAAAUAAAAACAGGUAGGAGUAGUAGUAGAUUCAGGAAAAUAAUCAGCAAGACCAGACGUUUCAAGCAUGUACAAAUGUUCAUCAACUUCAAUAAUGGCCUGCACGGGAUGUUAAGUGAGAUGUGAUGAGCCAAGCUCUUCUUUUAUCA